GCGUGUCCGAGGCCAUACCCGGUCCGAGACAGGGACACACAGUAUAUAAAGUACUGGUCCAGAGCCUCGUCAUGAUCCAGCCCAUCAUCACCAUCACCAUCACCAUCACCAUCACAAUCAAACACACCCACCAUCACAAUCAUAAUCAUAAUCACAAUGUCACUCCUCUCAAGCAUCCAAACAACCCUAUCCGCCCACUGCCCCUUCAAAAAAUCCAAGCCCGCCCCCGUCGAGAACAUCGCCAUCAUCGGAGCCGGUCUCUCGGGUCUGACCCUCGCCCUCGCCCUCCACCAGCACUCCAUCCCAUGCACCAUCUACGAAGCCCGCUCCGCCCCGCUCAACAUCGGCGGAGCCAUCAUGCUCUCCCCCAACGCGCUGCGCAUCCUCGACCACCUCGGCGUGUACGACCGCAUCCGCGCCGAGGGCUACGCCUUCGACAAGCUCUACUUCCGCUCGCCGGCUGACCAGCCCCUGGACGAGUACGCCUUCGGCGGCGAGGCCGAGUACGGAUACCGCGGCAUGCGCAUCUACCGCCACGUGCUCAUCCGCGAGCUCUCCGCCAUGGUCGGCGAGGCCGGCAUCCCCGUCCACUACCACAGGAAGUUUGUCCGCGUCGUGUCCGAGACAGACGCCCAUGUCACCUGGGAGUUCGAGGACGGCACCACCGCCUCCGCGGCCUGUCUCGUCGGCGCAGACGGGAUCCACUCCAGGGUCCGCAAGUACCUGUACCCGGAGCUGGAGCCGAAAUUCACCAACGCCAUGGGCGUGACGGCCGCGGUGCCCACGGCGCAGCUGCAGGUGUCGGCGGCGGGCGGCUACGACCUGCCCGUGACGAUCAUGAACAAGCAGCACGGGGCGUUCGUCAUUGCGCCGCAGCAGCGCGACGGCUCCGAGGUGCUGAUCGGUCGGCAGAAGCGGGCGCCCGAGCUGGACCAGGAGGGCUGGAAGCGGCUGAUGGGCGAUAAGGAGUGGUGUGUGGACUUUUUGCGCCAGGGCGCCGCUGACUUCCCAGAGGUCGUGCAGCGCGCUGUGUCGGAGAUCUCGCCGGACACGAUCAACCUGUGGCCGUUCUACGUUGUGCCCAAGCUGGAUUCGUGGAGCUCGGCCCGCGGCCGCGUGGUGAUCUUGGGUGAUGCGGCGCAUGCGAUCCCGCCUUCGGCGGGACAGGGGAUCAAUCAGGCGUUUGAGGACGUGUACACUUAUGCGCUGAUUGUGGCUAAAUGCGAUAGGGACUUUGUUGAGCAGGCGCUGAAGAUCUGGCAGCGGGGACGCCAGGAACGGGUGGACAAGGUGCUGGCGCUGAACGCGCAGAUUGAUAAGCGCCGGAUGCCUAGGCCGGCUGGUCAGGAGGAUGCUGAGGGUGAUGAUAAGCCGUUUGAGCUGGGGUGGUUGUAUAAGCCUGACUUUGAUGAGAUGGUGAACGAGUGGCUUCGCACCUCUUCUUGA